AUGGAGUGGAACAAUUUGAAAGCACCUUCAUGGGAUUUAACUGAAAUGGAACAAGGAACCUUAAACCACAACAUAGAAACAACAAUGGAUGGUUCAAGGAGUUUUGGAUUUGGAGAUUAUAGAACAACAAAAGGGGAAUUUUCUGUUGACUUGAAACUUGGACAAGUUGGAAAUUCUAGUACUCAAUUAUCAAAAUCCAAAGAUGUUGUUGCUGGUGGUGGUGGAGGUGGAGGUGGAGGUGGAGGUGUUUCGAAAAUGGCAUCUUCGUCGUCUUCGACUUCGGGUUCAUCUAAGAGAGCUCGAGCUAUUAACAAUGGGACUCAUAUUGUUUCAUGUCUUGUUGAUGGUUGUCAAGCUGAUCUUAGUAACUGUAGAGACUAUCAUAGACGCCAUAAGGUUUGUGAGCUUCAUUCCAAGACUGCUCAGGUCACUAUUGGUGGACAUAAACAAAGGUUCUGCCAACAAUGUAGCAGGUUCCAUUCACUUGAGGAAUUUGAUGAAGGAAAAAGGAGUUGCAGAAAACGUUUAGAUGGGCACAACAGAAGAAGAAGAAAGCCACAAGCAGAAGCUAUAAGUCGAUCUAGUAGCUUUUUGUCCAAUUACCAAGGAACUCAGCUGUUACCCUUUUCAAGUUCACAUAUAUACCCUUCAACUGCUAUGAUGAACCCUAAUUGGGGUGGAACAGAUGUUAGGCUCCAUAGCCAACACAACCAACACCAACAAAUGCAUCAUCUUGUCCAAAAACAAGACCUUUUCCUAGGAACAUCCUCUCCAACAACCAACAACACCUACAAAGAAGGGAAACACCUCUCAUCAUCAUCAUCAUCAUCAUCAUCGUCAUUCAUUCAUCAAGCUACUGACCUUUCAUCUUCUUCCAUGAAUCCAUCUUUUACCGGAACCAACCCUUUUUCCGAAAGAUACAAAAUGAUAUGUGACAGCAACAACAACAACAACGCUUCUUGUGCUCUCUCUCUUCUGUCAUCACCACCACUACCAGUAGUAUCAUCACAGUCGACACAUGAUCAUCAUCAUCAUCAUCAUCAGAUGGUGAAUACUCAUACUCAUACUCAUACUCAUUCAUCUUUUAUGCAACCCUUAGGUUUGAGUUUGCAUGAUCAUAGCUUGGGGUCAGUGGACCAUGUUUUGGGUCCAAAUGAUCAGAGUGGUCAUUGUUCAUCCAUUUAUAAUAUGGGAUCUAAUGAAUCACAUUCUCAGGGAAAUGAUAAUGAUGCUCCUCCUCCUUUAUAUCCUUUUCAAUGGGAUUAG